ACUAUACGUCUCGGCCAUUUUGAUGUGGCACUUAGGACUUCUAAUCUAAACCCAUAUAGGGUUCUCAUUUUAUGGCUUGGUGGAAUACAUUUAGUAAACCACCAUAAUCCAAUAUCCGUGAAGGUUGCGAGUUACGUUAAAUUUAUAAUUACAUAAAUCGCAUAUAGGCUUUUAUUGGUUUCAAGUAGAAGAUACCUAAGUACUACAAAUUUAGCGAAAACAUACAUAGAUAUAAAAACUCACUGUUCACACAAGAUAUUAAGAAGAGUAAAGUAGAAUAAAACUUCGUAGAAACUUGCAGUUCCAAAGUUCAAACAUUGUUAUAAAAGACAAAUUAACGCCAGGAUCACCCACAACACAAAGCAAUGUUAUUACCCAAUAAAGUGACUCUCAUGCAUGGGCAAUCUCAAUGAAUAGCAGCUACUUAUUCGUCAUCUGUUGCGAUAUGGUAUUAUUGUUACUUAGAGGAUCUGUAACACACUUUCACUUUUAACUUUGGAAUCCCCCAAUUUGGCCCAACGGCGAGCCAGUUGACUUGGGGCCACAACCGAUAGCACUCCUCUGCAAAAAUGGUAAGAGCUUUUCGGAUAUACGACACUCGUGUUAAAAAUCCGUGCGCUCGAACUUAGUUCUUAAAUUUAUUUGUAUUUUGUAGAGAUCUACGAUCAUCCUGUUACUUCUGUGCUGUAUAAUGGCUACAGUGAGCGCAGAGGUAGAAGAAACUAAAGACUUGGAAUUAAAUAAUCCGGAAGACUUGGAGAGACGACAUCGUAGGCGUAAAAAACCGCACAAUGCCGGACCCUGUGGAAGUGGAUACGGGAGGACUUUUGGGUUUCAAGAUUAUACGUAUAUUUCGGCUCCAGUCAUGAACUAUUUUUUCGGAUGUGGAGUAGCCCCAGUGCCAGUAGCACCAUUAUUACCCUACCCACAGCUGCCAGCGGCCGCACCUUACCCCGUGCAAAUCGGAGUGAGCCAGUCACAGCAUCACCACGGAGGUCAUCACGGAGGCCAUCACGGAGGCCACCACGGUCAUGGACAUAUCGGUGGACAUAAUCAAGUAGGAAAUUAUCCCUCGGGUUACGGCCAAAACCAACCCUUUUAUGGACCAGGAGCAUUUCAACAGCCAAGUCGACCGCUCCAAAACGUAGUAUCAGCAGCGGCUUCAGGUUUGGGCAAUGUCCUGGCUGACUACAUAAACCGUCCUAGAAAAACUCAAAAGCAAAUUAACAGACAAGUGAAUCAAUUUUUGAAACCAAUAUAUAAACUGUUUUAAAAAUAUUUAGUUUACGUGUACGUGUUAGUUCUAAGCGCCAAGGUGAUGUGCAUCCAAAACAAAUCAGCAAAAUUUAUUUAAAUCGUGUUCAAAUUUUGUUUUGACUUAACUAGAUGUUAAGAAUCAGUACCUGAUGAUAAUGAGAGUAAGUACCUAUAAGUGCACUCAUACCUAAAUGUGCAUGAUGGAACCUACCGCUGUGAAAAUAAAAGCGGCCAAGUGCGAGUCGGACUCGCCCAUGAAGGGUUCCGUACCAUUUUUGACGUAUUAAAAAAACUACUUACUAGAUCUGGUUGAAACCAAUUUUCGUUGGAAGUUUGCAUGGUAAUAUAUAUCAUAUAUUUUUUUUAGAUUUUUCAUUCCGUUAUUUUAGAAGUUACAGGGGGGGGGGGGACACUUUUUUCACUUUGGAAGUGUCUCUCGCGCAAACUAUUCAGUUUAGAAAAAAAUGAUAUUAAAAACCUAAAUAUCAUUUUUGAAGACCUAUCCUUAGAUACCCCACACGUAUGGGUUUGAUGAAAAAAGAUUUUUUGAGUUUCAGUUCUAAGUAUGGGGAACCCCCAAAAUUUAUUGUUUUUUUUUUUUCUAUUUUUGUGUAAACAUCAUAAUGCGGUUCAUAGAAUCCAAGUUUGAACAGUAUAGCUUUUAUAGUUUCGGAAAAAAGUGGCUGUGACAGAAUCGGACAGACAGACGGACAUGACGAAUCUAUAAGGGUUCCGUUUUUUGCCAUUUGGCUACGGAACCCUAAAAACAC